UUCACUAGGUCUGCCAUAAAUCCAUCGUGGUUGAAUAUCGUAACACAGUGCACAUUUAAUAAUCCUGAGUACCAUACUUUGGAACAAGCAGCUGCACUCGGUAUUGGAAAUGCGCGUUCCUUGGCGACGUUAUUUAAUUUGUUUAUCAAUGGACGCAUAGUUAGUGAGAAGACCCUGUCCUUAAUAAUGAAACCUGUGAUCAACGAGACGGACUAUGUCAUCCAGAUGCCUACGGUCAAAGGACAUGGCUUCUUCUAUCACAAACCGAUGGCCGAUGGAAGAAUUUUUUUUUUUGAAAAAAUUAGAUACAAGCUUUUAAACGUUGGUCUAUUACAGAAGCUACCCUUAAUAGGACAUUCUGGUCAUGGUUGUCAACAAAUAAUCUUCGAUAUGGAGAGAAAGAUCGUUAUUGCGUACGUCACCAAUGGAGUGAAGAUGGGAAUGUACAACAAAUGCCGCAAUUACGCACGAUUACAUAAAGCUGUCUAUGAUGUUAUAGAGCGAUCAUAG